GGACGCUGGUGCCCCCACCCCUCGCCACGCCAAGGUAGGCACCGUCGAUUGAGCGGGCCGACAUUUUUUGCCGCCAGCCUGGUCACCACCUUCCAGCUGGUUGCGCCAACCGCAGCACCUGCAGCAACCACCGUCUCUGCUCGAGUCCCCGAUCACACUCACCCACACACAUCAUGUCCGAACGACCCAUGCACCGAGGCGGGGGACGCGGAGGCGGAGGCGGCAACUUCCGCGGCGGGCGCGGCGGCGGCCGGGGAGGAGGCGCCCACGGCCCGGGCGGCGACAAGACAGGCGGCGACAAGGGCAGCGAGCGGCCCAAGAAGGAGAACAUUCUCGACCUCGCCAAGUACAUGGACAAGCAGAUCACGGUCAAGUUCAACGGCGGCCGCGAGGUCACCGGCACCCUCAAGGGCUACGACGCGCUCAUGAACCUGGUCCUCGACGACGUCAAGGAGACGAUGCGCGGUACGUGCCGUCGACUGACCCAUCGGACGCUUUGCCCGUGCCCUGCACUCCCUCCCCUUCCUCCCUUCUCCUUGACCCAUCCGUCGGUCAUCGCAGCGACGGCCCUCGCAGACCACAGCGCUAACCCUGUGUGUGCCGACCCCCAGACGAUCAAGGAAACGAGUCCUCCCGAUCCCUCGGCCUGGUCGUCGCCCGCGGCACACUCCUCGUCGUCAUCACCCCCGUCGACGGCAGCGAAGUCAUCGCCAACCCCUUUGCCCAGCCCGACGACGAGUCUUGAGCGUGGGAAGGAGAUCACCUCGCCUCCCUCUCUCUUUUUUUCCACGCGCGCAAUACGUAGCAGCUCCGGAUAUCGCGGGAGCUGUUGAUCGAACAGCAAACGGUGGUUCUUGUCCUUCAUCGGCUGAAGUGGCACCUGCUGGACCACGCAGACGAAGAAGCAGAGAGAUAAUUCGCCUCUGUUGGAAGGCGCGUGACGACUGGCGCAUCAACCACCUGCGGCCGAGGCUCGCUGCAUACUUGAGGACCAGGCUAUGGGAUUGGCACGGCGAGACCGCGACUGCCAACCCCACGAAACGGGCAUAAGAUCAGGAUGGAUGGAUGGAGUAGGGUACGACCCUGCGGCUGUUCAUAACCGCGCUCACGUACCUGGGCCACGCUCUGUUGGUCACAUCCCCACCGAGCUCAGUGGUGCCUUUUCACGUUGUGAAUAAUACUACUGCUAUUCGACUGCUUCUGCGCUUCCUUGUACACUUUACUUUGCUGGGGGCCAAGAUCCCUCCUCGUUCCCGG